AUGGAGGGUAAUGAAGAAAAAGAACUAACCGUCGAUGAAUUGGUCUCUCUUCCAUGGCAUAUCGUUCGCUUGAUCAUCUCGAAUUUUUCCCCUUGGGAUCUCCUCCGUUUUGCCUCUUCCCAUCCGCAAUUUAAAGCACUCGUCCAAGAGCAACCAAAAUCGCAUAAAUCGAUCGAGUCAGGGACUUUCAGUUUAGAGUUGAUAAGGAAUGGACGACUUUUGUACCACACAAGUGCUUUCAUCAAAUACACCGAAAAGAUGUCACUAAAUCGAAUGAAAGUAAAGAACAAAGACACGGCCUAUCACGCAAAUUUUUUCUUUCAAAAAAAUGAUGAUUUAAAGAAGGAUUCGUAUAAAAUAUUGAUGACUAAUGCAAAAGUGGAACAGGUAAUGAGGGCAAGGAUGGAGAUGAUCGAUUGGGAUUUCAAGGCUCAAGAACUCGCUUAUCCAGAUAUCAAAACAUUGAAUGAGCUAGAGGAAAUGAUCGAGAAGUUUUCCCCGUCAUCUGUCCUUUUGUACAAAACGCUCUUUUUCACAAAGCAAGAUGAAUUCAAUAGGGACGUCUUUUUGGAGUUCAUCGCAUCACCGAAAAUCCAUUCUCUGCAAUGCCUGUACACUUACUGCACUUUACCCCAUCUCAACUAUUUCACGCGUGUACCCAUUCCGAAAUUGCGAAUCCAACUACAAAAUUCCGACGAUUUUCAAGUUUUCCUUUCAUCGUUUACAGAAGAAAUAAUUCAACAAUGGGAAAACAAUAGCCGAGAAAUCGAUUUUAUCAUCUUGAAACUCCCAUUGACGCAAAAUCAUGGAGACAACGAAUUGGAGAAUUUUCUCAAUUUUGAAAUCAAUGAAAUGGUUCGUGUUUUGGGUUACGGUAGACCGGGCUCUUUUGAGGGACGGGGAAUCGAUCGAAGGUUCAAAUUGAUCAAAAGACAAGAUGGAGUCGGUUUGUUGUUGAUGACGGGCGCAUUGUCAGUGCUACUCGUGAGAUGUGACUACAACAUUAGAAGAAAUCGUGGAUUGGGAAAAAUGAGGGAAUGUGAGGAAUUGAUGAAUGAAGUGUUGAAAGCGGCGAGAACGAUGAAACACGUGAGCGAAUCGACGAGCAAGGCACAAACCGUUAAUGAAACGAUUCCGGAACCAAUUCUCGAUAUGGUUUGUGAGGAAAUUGAGUCGAUCUGU